UCUUUCUCUCUGCCAGAAAUUUACGCUUUUAUUUGUUUUCAUGGCGGCAGCGUUGAGCCUACAACUUAUUUGUAAGCUGCAUACUAAUAGGAACCAGGUUUAUUUUUUCAGCCGCGGUUUUUUUUAUGAUCGUUUGUGACGAUUCCUUUUUUUUUUUUCCUUGAAUGAGAAAAAAAAUCCGAGUCUGUUCUCUGUUCUCAUGUCCCGUCUGUCCCGCAUUUGUAAUCCGGCGCCCUUGCAGAACGAAUCCGCUGGACUGGUGCCUUCCCAUUGAGACGCAAGAAGCAUAGACACGAGCCUGCAUCCGAGCGCGACCACGGACCGCCACUAUCAUCAAAGCAAACCACACAGAAACACAAACCAACAGCUGGAAGCACUUUUCAAAAACCUGCGGUUUACAAAUCCUGCAGGAUUUUUUUUAUUUUUUCUUUCCCAGCGAAGUUGCAUGUGCGGGGAGUGAUAAUACUCGACCGGGACGCAAGCAAUGGGGUACCCGGGCAGAGCAGUGGGAGGAUGGACGGGAUGGACGCUCCUGCUUUGGGUCGCCGCUGUCAGCUUUAUUGUCGCGGACGGGCGGAGAGUGAGACAGGCCAGAUGUCCCGCUGGAUGUACCUGCACCAAAGACAACGCGCUGUGCGAGAACGUCCGAUCCGUGCCUCACGCGUUCCCGUCCGACGUCGUUUCCCUAUCUUUUGUCAAGUCUGGAUUUAAUGAAAUCAUUGGAGGAAGCUUUGUUCACACGCCUGGCCUGCAACUGCUAUUGUUCACAGCAAAUUCAUUGGACCUAAUUGAUGAGGAUUCAUUCAUGGGUUUACCGCAUCUUGAAUACUUAUUUAUUGAAAAUAACCAAAUUGCAUCAAUAUCCCCACAUGCUUUCCGGGGCCUGAAAGCGCUGAUACAUCUAAGUCUGGCUUACAACAACCUUGAGACGUUGCCAAGAGAUGUCUUCAAGGGUAUGGAUGCUUUGACAAAAGUGGAUCUCCGUGGCAACAACCUGAUUUGCGACUGCAAGCUCAAGUGGUUGGUGGAGUGGAUGCACCACACCAAUGCCACCCUGGACCAGAUCUACUGCAGCGGCCCACCCGUUCAGCAGGGGAAGAAGAUCAAUGACCUGCUGCCGCAUUCUUUCGACUGCAUCAUAGCGGAGUUUGCCUCCUAUCAGUCGUUGAAGUUCGAGUCCAUUUCGGUGGGGGCCUUUGCCUUCGACGAAGAUCAGUUCGUCGUGUUCGCUCAACCGUUUGCGGGGACGUGCAGCUUCCUGGAAUGGGAUCACGUGGAAAUGACCUUCAGAACUUACGACACCAUUGAAAGCACCUCCACUGUGGUCUGCAAGCCCAUGGUGAUUGACAACCACCUGUUUGUCAUCGUGGCCCAGUUGUUCGGGGGCUCGCACAUUUACAAGCGCGACACCUCCGCCAACAGGUUCAUCAAGAUCCAGGACAUCGACAUCCUGAAGAUUCGCAAACCCAACGACAUUGAGACGUUCGUUAUCGACGGGGAGUCUUUCUUUGUCAUCGCCGACAGCUCCAAGGCGGGCUCCACGACUGUGUACAAGUGGAACGGCAACGGCUUCUACUCCCACCAGUCGCUGCACCCGUGGUUCCGCGACACAGACGUGGAGUAUCUGGAGAUCUCCGGCAAACCCCACCUGAUCUUGUCCAGCAGCUCCCAGAGGCCCGUCGUCUACCAGUGGAACCGGAGCAAGAAACAGUUUGAACGCAGGACCGACAUACCAGACAUGGAGGACGUCUUCUCUGUCAAACACUUCCAGGUUAAAGGUGAGCUGUUCAUUUGCUUGACAAGAUUCAUCGGGGACUCCAAGGUGAUGCGCUGGGAUGGUGCCAUGUUCAAGGAGGUCCAGACAUUUCCUUCCCGCGGCUCCAUGGUGUUCCAGCCUGUCUCCAUCGGCAACUGGCAGUAUUCCAUCCUGGGCAGUGAUUAUUCACUGACACAGGUCUACCAAUGGGACACUGAGACAAGUCAGUUUGUCCCGUCUCAGGAGCUGAACAUCCAGGCACCUCGGGCAUUUUCUGUGGUGUCCAUUGACAACCGGGUGUUCCUACUCGCAUCCAGCUUCAAGGGGAAAACUCAGAUAUAUGAGCACCUAAUGAUCGAUUUGAGUAAUUAAAACUUCCUGUUUAAUUUGGGAGAAAUUAUGUACAAUACCAUUCCAAUGCUAUGUUUCUCGAUUGUGUCUCAUUAGAAUCUACCAGCCGCCCCCCCAUACAUAGAUACAGUUCAGGAUUUUUAAGUUGAGAUGAAAUGGUCAAAAUUUCUACACUUGUUAUGAUCACUGAAUUCCCAUGUUAGUGAAAAUACAUUAUAAACAGUCCCUGGUGUCAAUGUUUGGCAUGCCUUGUUACUACUUCCUUUUGAUAAACUCCUCAUAUUUUCAUCUUGAUUACUCGCUAUUUGAAAAUGCCUUAAUCUCCAUUUGAAAAAAAACUGCGAGCUGACUAUCUUUCAGGAAAAAGCUAUGAAAACAUGUCCGUCUAUUAUUCUAUCUGUGCGGGUGUUUCUGUAGUUUCUGGUAAUCAAAGUAUAUCUCUCCAUUUCCAUGCAUUUUUAUUUUCUAUUUGAUAGGAAAGAUCUUGGGGUUUGGUAGUCCUAUUGAUCUUGCAAUAAUAGGCAAAUGGGAAAAACAUGCAACCCGAAGUGUGUUUUUUUGG